CGAUCACGUGUCUAACGCAGAAGCGGCUGAGCGGCGGGAGGCGCGGGUCACGUGGCUGUCCCGGAAGCGGCGGCGCGGCGGGAGGCGCGGGGCAGCGCGGGCCGCGCCUAUGUCGGGCUUCGACACCAACCCGUUCGCCGAUCCGGUGGACAUCAACCCCUUCCAGGAUCCCUCGGUGACACAGCUCACAAAUGCAAACCAAAGUGGCUUGGAUGAAUUCAACCCCUUUUCGGAGAGCUCCCAGCUGACAAAUGCAGCACGGACGACGCCAGCCACGCAGCCCUCCAGCCACUCGCAGCCUGCUGUUCUGCAGACGUCAGUGGAGCCCACUCCCCAGGCUGUGGCUGCGGCAGCACAGGCUGGGCUCCUUCAGCAGCAGGCGGAGUUAGAGCGGAAGGCAGCUGAGUUGGAGAAAAAGGAACGGGAACUGCAAAGUAAUGCAGCCAGCAUUAAUCCGAGGCAAAACAACUGGCCGCCUCUUCCCAAGAGAUGUCCCAUCAAGCCCUGUUUUUACCAGGAUUUUUCUGCAGACAUCCCAGCCGACUACCAACGGAUAUGCAAGAUGCUGUAUUACUUGUGGAUGCUGCAUUCGAUUACCCUGCUCCUAAACCUGCUGGCUUGCCUGGCGUGGUUCACAGUCGCGAUGGAAAGAGGAGUGGACUUUGGUCUCUCGAUCCUGUGGUUUGUUUUAUUCACCCCUUGUGCCUUUCUCUGCUGGUACCGACCAAUUUACAAGGCUUUCAGGUCUGACAGCUCCUUCAGCUUCUUCGUCUUCUUUUUCGUCUUCUUCUGCCAAAUAGCAAUCUACAUCAUCCAGGCUGUUGGCAUUCCUGGCUGGGGAGACAGCGGAUGGAUUGCGGCACUGUCGGAGCUGCAUGGGAACCUGGCCGUGGCUAUUAUCAUGAUGGUGGUGGCAGGAUUCUUCACACUGUGUGCGGUUCUCUCCCUCUUCCUCCUGAAGCAGGUGCAUUCCCUGUAUCGGCGCACAGGAGCCAGUUUCCAAAGGGCACAGGAAGAGUUUUCCCAAGGCAUCCUCACCAACAGGAGCUUCCAGAACGCCGCGGCGGGGGCAGCCUCCUCAGCUGCACAGAGUGCUUUCCGGGGGAACUAGCUCUUCCCAAGCUGCCUCGCCCUUGCUUCCUCUGUCGUCAUCACCCCAACCUUCUAUUUUUUUUUUUUUUCCUUUAAAGAUGCACUUUUGGGGAGUAUUUUGUGCUCUGUGAUACCGACUCCAGCUGAGAAGAGGGCUGGGUUUUUAGCUCCAGCUGUGCUACAUUUCUGAUCAUGACAGUUACUUUUCCCUGUCUUGUUUUAGAGUGUGGGGAGAUGGGGGAGCAGUUCUCCAAAGCAAAUCUGUUUCUCUCUCCAGAACCUAACGAGCAUUUGUCUCUCUCCCUCCCCUCGCCCUGUCUGUAGGGGGAAAGCGAGGGGGUGUGGGUGUUUGGUUUUAUUCUCUUUCCUGUUGGCCUUUGCCAUGAAGAAUUUGAUUAUCUGUUGGGUUGGGCAGUGGGUUGUAACUUGCAUGUUGUUUGUGUCGUUAAUUUUAAGAGCGGAAACUUGUACUUUUUGGUUUAUUACACUUACACCAUGCUGCAUUUUGACCUCUUUAACUCCCUGGCUUCCCAAGAAGCAGGGUGACAUGGCAUGAGGGAAAACCUGGGAGCAUGGGUGUUGGAUGGGAAGGAAAUGCUAUUCAUUAUGUUCCCCUGUAGCAGAUCCCCACUCUCCUUCCAUGAGGAUCCUGCUAACAAUGUCUCUUGGGGCACAGGCAGGGAGAGAAGGGAUCGGAGUCUUCACCGUGGCCUUAAACCAAAGGAAGGGGGGGAAAAAGGGAUUUUUUUACUCCCCAGCUCUGCUGAUUGGGAGCAUCGGCACCGCAGACACUGGCUCAAACACCGCGUGGUGCCUGCGCUGGCCUUCUCCAAAUGCCCUUUAGUGGGACAACUCCUCCCUGCCUUCCUUCACCCAUGUAUGGUCUUUUUCCGCUGGGAAAGAACUGGUUGAGUGUUUAGCUUGGAAAGCUGUGUCCGGAGAUGGGAUUGAUGUCCCUUUGGAGGUGGAUGCAGUACAGGGGAGGCGAUGGGGAGAGUCCCUGUCCCCCCCAACUCCCUAAUUUGGUGGGAGGGGGGCUUUAAGUACAGACCUGACUGCUCUGCUGCCCAUUUCUGUCCCCUCCAGCCCUGGAAGGAGUUGCAAUUGGUAUCCCCGUCCCUGUCCUCGCCCAUUACCCGGCGGGUUUUCCCCCCGCCCCGCCUCCUGUAUUAUUGAGCCCCGCGUCUGAUCUUUUCAUGUAAAAGAAGAAAAAGUUAAUAAUAAAAUGUAUAUGUGCUCAAA